AUGGCGACGAGAAGACUCGCAAGCCAAGAGAAGACCCACCUAGACCAAGAUGAGACAAAGAGCGAUGGAAAAUCCAACAUAUCGCCAGCAGUUCCAAGCUCCGUCAUUUACAAACUCCUCUUCUUCACCAUGGCCAUGAUAACAUUCCCCAUCGGCUCCUACUUCCUGACUGUCAAUACCAUCUUCCGCGGCAACAGCACCUACGCCGGCGGGCUCGCCGCUCUCAUCGCCAACUUCGUUCUGAUCGGCUACGUCGUCGUCGCCUUCUGGGAUGAUCAGGCAGAGCGGGAAGAUGAAAGCUCCGAAAAGAAGAAGUCACGAUGA